UAUGAUUACGCACAUAAGUCUCCAUUUGUCAUGGCCGGCGUGCUCGAUACCUAUCAAGGCCUCGUAUCGACAUUUGGCUCUUUUCUGACUGUAUCCAUCCACACCAUUCUCUAUGAGCGCGCCAUCUACCCAACGAACACGUUCAUUACUGCGCGCAAGUACAAUUAUCCAGUUAGACAGAACCGGCACCCGAAAGUGUGCAAAUGGAUUCAAGAUGCUGUUGCUGCUGUCGAAGCAGAAAUGCUCAAGGCAACCGUCGCACGAGUCGCCGUACUCAUCCUCUCACCUGACUCUGUCCCACUAGAGCGCUUCAUGUUUGACGUCUCCGGCUUUCCCAGCGUGCCUGCCAGUGAGACAUUGACGCCAUUUGCUCCUCCAGGCACUUCAGCUCCCGAGGCGACAGAAAACCGCGAGUCGCCAGACUUGGGUUCUGAGCACCGCCCAGAUAUAUCCCCUGCCAUAUCCACCAUCGACCUGGAAGAGCAAUUCCGGGGCGUAAUGAGCCGACUCGCCUUUUGCGGGAGCUCUCUAGGACCGCUGCCCGAAGGAUGUACAUUUACAGUAUGCAUUGAGUUAAAAGACGAAGCCGAUGCACCAAUCGGACAUCCGCAGCCGUGGAUCCCAUCGCAGCCAUCGUUGCAGAGAUCAAGGCAAUCCGGAUCUCGACCCGGUGCUAUGGCCGACGAGGCUUCUCUAGAAAAGGAGGGAGUAGUAAAAAGGAAAGAGAGCGGACGAGGGUCCACGACAGACACCCUUGCUCAAAAGUCUGAAGAAAAGACAUCUCCUCACCCAAGCUCCGAAUCAUCUACCGUGCGCACAGGCAGCGACCUGGGAGGCGUCCGAUCGACACCUCUCCGUAGCGUCGCCGCCGGCGAACUCUCGUUGGAAAUGUGGAUUGAGGAAGCAAAAGGCAAGAUGCAAUUGCGAAACAAUACUAAAUCAGCUGAGGGCGGAUAA